AUGGUCCUCAUCGACAGUGAAAGCAGUGAAGCGAUGAAGAGCCAUGCAAGAACGUUCAUAGAAAACUGUGACAAAGAGUGGAGUGGACACGUCUCUGAAACGGCCGACGUGCCGUCAGGUGGACAGAAUGUGAGCAGCCCGUCUACGAUACCAUUCACGCAGGAUGCACAGACGUUCUACAAAUACCUGGAGGCGUUAUCGGCUUCUGCCACCGAGAGCCUGAAGACGAGUGAAAACUCGCAGGUCUACACGGCUCUCUCCAGGGUGACGAUCACGCAGACGUCCGUUUUUAGCAAAUGUACUGCAGAUGUUUCUAAUAUGACCCUGAAGGCUUUUCAAGAGAGGGACAGCUCCACCCAAAUCUUAUCCAAACACUUUAUCAAGAUUAAUAUUCUGAGCAAAAGCAGACAAAAUGUUUCUGUUCUGUUGACCUCUCAACUCGUCAGUGCGUUAACGCUGCUGAUUAGCAAGAGGCUAGCCUGUGGCGUGCACAAGGACAACCCUUUCUUGUUUGCAAAGCCGAAUUCCUCUCCUACCAGCCACUUCCACGGAGGCCACUGCAUCAAGUCGUUUUCAGGUUUGUGUAACGCAAAGAACCCUGAGCAUCUCAGGCUGGAACAUCAUCUCAAGUACAUCGCAAGAAUCUUCCAGAUUCUCAACCUGGAGAAUGACGAGCUCGAGCACCUGGCCAAGCUGCUCGGCCACAACAUCCGCGCCGACCGGGAGUAUUACCGAUUACCGCAGGCGGUGGUUGAACUCGCAAAGAUCGCUAAGCUGCUUGUGGCGAUGGAGAGGGGUUCUUUGGAAAGAUCUGAAGGGAACUCUCUGGAGGAGGUGGAGAUUGAAGAUGAACUGGAGCCUGAUGUGGAGCAGAGUGGUAAAGAGGCUGCAGAGGUCAAUAAAUCAAACGUACUUCAGCAGAGUGAACGGAUUUCUGUAGAGGAUGCACGGGAGCACAUAAAGACUCAGAAAGACAAACCGUUUCUCCAGGAGAAGUUUGACUCCGUUCAAGUCUCGGAUGUGACCUUCGAGUCGUUCCAGAAGAGGAAGGAAUCUGAGCCGCAGGAGAACAACAAAGCCAGCUGGUCGCUAUUUGGGGAGAUCCUGUCCAAAUGCACUGUGAAGGUUACCGUCGCCAACAAAAUGGGGAAAAAGAUAGUUCUUGUCCUCACCCGUGACCUGCUCACUGCCAUAACCCUGCUUGUGGAGAAAAGAAAAACCUGCAACGUUCCUGAAAACCACCCCUUAUUAUUCGCUAAACCAGGCGCCUCGAGCUCAGCCAUGUUCAAAGGGCUUUCCAUGGUCGCCUUUUACCUCAAAAGCUCCAACGUGAAAGACCGAGCGGGCCUGAAGUCCUCGUAUUUUCGCAAGCACAUGGCUACAAUUUUCCACAUUCUCAACUUCUCCAAUGAGGGCCUCGGUCAGGUCGCCAAGCUGCUGGGCCGGGACAUUCGGACCGACCGUGAGUUUUAUCAGAAACCGGAGGCAGCUGCGGACAUCGCAAAAAUCUUAGUGCUGUUGUCUGCACUGGAGACUGAAUGUCUGGAAGUAUUUGAAGGCAAAUCUCUGGAGGAGAUCGAGAUUCCAGUUGAGCUGCAGCCGGUUGUGGAGCCGAUCAGUAAGGACGUAGAGUCAGAAACGUCUCUUCAGGAGGACGGCGCCUCCAAGUCUUCUGCUAGAAAAAAGAAACGUAGAAGUUCUUCAGCGAGGAACCGACGCAAGGGCGAGGAGAAGGAGAACGAGGCAGAACGGCCCAAUCCGAACGAGGACAACGAAAUGGAGAAAGCUCCUGAAGCGACGCCAGUCCCGAACAAAGACACCGAACCGCCGAUUUACUUCAGCGACGACGAUGAUGAUGGCAUGAACGUGGAGUUCAACAUGGACAUCGAAACCGAUGGGGACGAUGACGAUGAUGACGGCUUCAACAGAUUUGGUGCCACUUUUAAAGAUCAAGCCAAAAAGAGCAACGAGACAAACCACGAAGAGUCCGCUAAGGAGAUGAUGGACGCUGAUGAAGAAGAUCCUGCUGAGGAAGA